AUGGUUUGCUACAAAUAUGAAGACUGCGGCCCUCCGAAAGGCAAACCUUUGAAUGAAAGUCGUGGUCCACAAAUGGUGGAGGAUGGUGAGCAAAAAAAAAGUGAAACUGAAAAUCAGUUAAAGCGAACCAAGAGCCGUGAGUUACGCGGUGGCAUCAUGUACUACAGUUGUCAUUGCAUCAAGCGAAACGGCCUCCAGCACGACUGUCGCCGCACUGGAUGUGGCGGUGAGCCCGCCUGUCUUGCCUUGCCCGACCCAUUAUGCGCGCCUAGUCAAUUAGCUCGUGCACGUGGUCUCGCCGAUCCUGCCGUGCUUGCAGCCCAUACCAACGUUCAAGGCAGUAGUGGCUCAGGUGGACCGACAACCUCCAGUUCCCGUGGAAAACGUUUUAUUGUCUGCGAAUUAAAGGGAAUUAUUCCCAACGCAGGUGCGGAUAGAAACGACGGGAAAUGCUGUAAGUGCCCAAAAAUGUUUUUACCUACACAAGCCCCCGUAAGUAGUGGAAUGAAACCUCAUACAUGCAUAUGUACUGGUGGCGCAGCUGCAGUACCUAAAUUCGUUACACCUCCACAAACUUCAGCCGAGAUGACAGGCAAAGUUCCAACAGGUGCUUUAGCGUCUACAAAAGCCUCACCUGCCGGUGAAAUGAAUUCUAAUUCGUGUAAUUGUACCUGUGGUAGGGUUGCAAUGCCUAAAAACAAUGAGCACAUACAAGCGUCUUUUGCUGGAGUGAAACCGUAUGCAUGCAUUUGUCCCGGAGGUGUGGUUAAACCUUUACCAAUCCCACCAAAUACUCCAACCACAACUCCAUGUUCUUGCAAAUGUAAGUCUGGCUCUGGGUCACAAAAAAUGCAGUCUAUAUAUGACUUAGAUGAAAAAACACUCAACCAAAUAUUACAAAGGUUUGAAACUAAAGAAUUGAAAGUAAAUGAUAAAAAGGUAAUUGGAUCUAGUGGUCGACAAAACAAUAUCGCGAAAUCUCACAUCACUACCAAUGAAGAAUGCACUAGACCUGGGUGUGUACAUUGGAAACCACCGCCGCCCUGCGUGUGGGAUCUUCCGUGUAAAGCUGACUGUUUCGAGACUCCGGCAUCUGCGCAGCCGGGCCGCAACCCACUGAGGGGUGGCGGUGGCUUUAGUAGUGUGAAAGGAUCUACUGGACGAGACUUGGUAACACAGGGCACACAGAAACACCGCGAUGUAAUGAAAAUCUUGACACCCGAAUGUUGUACAGGUUGCUCUGCGCCAAGAGAUGGAGGUGCUAUGGCGAGUGGUGGACCGGCAGCUGGCUUGCCUAUGUUGGUGAUGAAGCUCUGCUAA